UCAUUGGCAUCCUCAAGUGUUAGAUACAUCGUAAAGUUUUUGAAAACUUUGUUCUGCUGUGUCUUUUCUUCGCCUUUAAACAAUCACCAAAGAUGGGUUUCCGUUUAAAUGUUAUUCGACAGGCAUCAUUAACUGCCAACCAAACAACAUCAAAAUCUGCAGAAGCGAGAAAGGGCUAUGUUGCGGUGUAUGUUGGAGAGAAACAGAAGCGGUUUCUGAUCCCAAUAUCAUACUUGAACCAACCAUUGUUUCAAGAGUUGUUGAGUCAAGCUGAGGACGAGUUUGGAUAUGAUCAUCCCAUGGGUGGCCUCACCAUUCCUUGUCCUGAAGAUGUCUUUCAACACAUAACUUCUCACUUCAAAGGGCUAUGAAACUGACAUGAUAGAAUACUAACAUAGAUUAAUUAGUAGAGACAUUUUUUGUAUAACAGGAAUCUUUUUAUAGCUUG